ACUCUAUCCCACCCCCUCUUAGUCAUCCCCCACUCCCGCCCGCCGCCGCCACCACUAAACCCUAGCGCGCCGCCGCUCCUUCCACCCGGAUCCCUGCGCAGAGCCGCGCCACCGCGCACCGGAUCCGCCAGCCAUGUCGUCAGGCGGAGGCAAGGGCGGCGGGGCCAAGGGAGGCGCCGCCAAGGGCGGGGGAGGGGGGAAGAAGAAGGAGGUUAAGAAGGAGACGAAGCUCGGGAUGGCGUACAAGAAGGACGACAACUUCGGGGAGUGGUACUCCGAGGUUGUUGUUAACAGUGAAAUGAUCGAGUACUAUGACAUCUCGGGUUGUUAUAUAUUGAGGCCAUGGGCAAUGGAAAUCUGGGAGCUGCUGAAAGAAUUCUUUGAUGCAGAAAUUAAAAAGCUGAAGCUCAAACCAUAUUAUUUCCCUUUGUUUGUUACUGAGAAUGUUCUACAGAAGGAGAAGGACCACAUUGAGGGCUUUGCUCCUGAGGUAGCUUGGGUUACUAAAUCAGGGAAAUCUGACCUGGAAGCUCCUAUUGCAAUCCGCCCCACAAGUGAGACUGUCAUGUAUCCAUACUUCUCUAAAUGGAUAAGAAGCCACCGUGACUUACCCUUGAGGUGUAACCAGUGGUGUAACGUUGUUAGAUGGGAGUUUAGCAAUCCUACUCCUUUCAUAAGGAGCCGUGAAUUUCUGUGGCAAGAAGGGCAUACAGCUUUUGCGACUAAAGAAGAGGCAGACGAAGAGGUUCUCCAAAUAUUGGAACUGUACAGAAGGAUAUAUGAAGAAUUUUUAGCAGUUCCAGUGUCCAAAGGGAGGAAAAGUGAGAUGGAAAAAUUUGCGGGUGGACUCUAUACCACCAGUGUUGAGGCCUUCGUUCCAAACACUGGUCGUGGUAUACAAGGCGCAACCUCACAUUGUCUUGGCCAGAACUUUGCCAAGAUGUUUGAUAUCACUUUUGAGAAUGAGAAAGGUGCAAGGGAAAUGGUUUGGCAAAACUCUUGGGCCUACACAACUCGCUCGAUUGGAGUGAUGGUGAUGACACACGGUGAUGACAAAGGCUUAGUAUUACCACCAAGGGUGGCACCAAUCCAGGUAAUUGUGAUUCCAGUGCCCUACAAGGAUGCUGACACAACUGCCAUAAAGGGAGCAUGCGAAUCAGCUGUUUACACUCUCAAUGAAUCUGGGUUCCGAGCGGAUUUGGACACCCGUGAAAAUUACUCUCCAGGUUGGAAGUAUUCUCACUGGGAAAUGAAAGGUGUUCCUUUGAGAAUUGAGAUUGGGCCAAAAGAUCUGGCCAACCAACAGGUGCGUGUUGUCCGCCGAGACAAUGGUGCAAAGGUUGAUAUUCCUGUGGCCAAUUUGGUUGAGGAGGUUAAAGCAUUACUGGAUGAUAUCCAAGCAAACCUACUCAAAGCAGCCAAAGAAAAGAGAGAUGCCUGCAUUGAAGUCAUCCACACCUGGGAUGAAUUUACAACUGCUCUAAACAACAAAAGGUUGAUCUUGGCUCCAUGGUGUGAUGAGGAGGAAGUUGAGAAAGAUGUGAAAGCUCGGACCAAGGGGGACCUCGGAGCGGCAAAAACAUUGUGUACUCCAUUCGAUCAGCCAGAACUUCCAGAAGGAACCCUGUGCUUCGCUUCUGGAAAGCCAGCAAAGAAGUGGUCGUUCUGGGGCCGCAGCUACUGAUUGGCCUUCCCAUGGUAUUUGGCUGCCCGCUUGGAGUUUUGAACUGAAUCCUGUAGCAUCGGAUGUGGAUCCGAAAAUCCCUUUACAUUGUGCUUUGCAACCAUUUAAUUUCUCAUGAGUCAUCGCUACUGGCAAAAGCCGUCGAUUCGAUAUACCUGUAACAGCUGACGGUCGUGUUGGAUUUGGCUGUGGCAAAGGAUGACAUCUGUUUAGCAAAAUGCAGAGUUUUGCUUAUAUCUUAGCUGUUUGCUGCACAAUGCCAUCAUCCUCACCCGAGCUUGAGACUUUUGGCCUUCACUGCUGUUCAUUUCUGCUUUUUGGGUUCA